ACCACGCAACCCCUCGACACGCCAAUUCAGCGCUGAAGCUUCCACGCUUAAAGUCUCUGAUAUUCCUACGCUCACUCGCCUCUACCUGCCCUGCUCCUCAAACCGACCUUCAACACCUAGCGAUCCAUUCUACACCUUCUUUCACCGAGCUCUAUAGUUCUACCCCGCCUCCGAUAGCACGCUUGGCAGCCUGCUCACGAAGAACCCCCCUCGCUGACAGCGCAACGCUUGAGGCUCUGCCCCGGACGUCGACUUCAAAAUGAGUCUCGCAGGCAUGCUCAACAAGUUGCAUGGUCAGCCCGAUAGCUAUGACAAAAAAUCUAAAUAUCAGAUGGGGAAGACGCUGGGAGCUGGGACCUAUGGCAUUGUCCGCGAGGCUACCUGCCCCGAGGGCAAGGUGGCUGUCAAGAUCAUCUUGAAGAAGAACGUCAAAGGCAAUGAGCAGAUGGUCUACGAUGAGCUGGAAAUGCUGCAGCGUAUGAAGCAUCCUCACAUUGUCCGGUUCCAUGAUUGGUUUGAGUCGAGGGACAAAUACUACAUCGUCACCCAACUUGCUACUGGAGGAGAAUUGUUCGACAGGAUUUGCGAGAAGGGCAAGUUCACAGAGAAGGAUGCUGCUGAAACUAUCCGACAAGUUCUCGAUGCCGUCAACUACCUCCACCACAACAAUGUCGUCCACAGAGAUCUGAAGCCCGAGAACCUCCUAUACCUCACAAAAGAACCAGACUCGUCGCUAGUGCUCGCCGACUUUGGCAUUGCCAAGAUGCUGGACUCCAAGAACGAAGUGUUGACGACAAUGGCUGGUUCGUUUGGAUAUGCUGCCCCGGAAGUCAUGCUCAAGAAGGGGCACGGCAAGCCUGUCGACAUGUGGUCCAUGGGUGUCAUCACCUACACGCUUCUGUGCGGUUACUCGCCAUUCAGGUCGGAGAAUCUCGCAGACCUGAUCGAGGAAUGCAAGAACGGACGGCUCAUAUUCCACGAGCGUUACUGGAAGGACGUUAGCAAGGACGCCAAGGAGUUCAUCACCCUUCUUCUCCAGCCAAAUCCCGACAAGAGGCCGACUAGUGAGGAUGCUCUGAAACAUGUAUGGCUGAGCGGCAAGACCGCAUCUGACCACAACUUGAUUCCCGAGAUCCGUGCGUACGUCGCAAAAGCGCGUCUCAGGCGUGGUAUCGAGCUGGUCAAGCUUGCCAACCGCAUCGAAGCCCUCAAAAUGCAAGAGGACGACGAAGAAGAUGUUCCCGGCGAAGCGGACGUACCCGCGAACGCUCGCCAGGCAGCGGGUGAGGCAGUCGCGGCACACAGCACCGACAGAGGUCUGACCAUACCAGCAACGACAACUGGUCCCCCUAAGGCGGGUGGCCGUCUCAGCAAGCUUGCAAAGUCUGCCAUCUUCAGGGAGGUGGUGCUCGCCAAAGUGCGCGAGAUGAAGGAAGUAGAGGCACAGAAGGAGUUCGAGAGAACUGCUUCUGAGCAAGUCAAGAAGUAGCCGCAGCACCUCGUGCUCCUGGAUGAUCCCUCACGAUUCUUGUUCCUUUCUGUCUUCUCUGGCGAUUGUUGAUGGGCUAGCGCCGCCCGUAGUUGGCCUGUAGUUGUUCUCUUAGCGAUACCCUGAUGGUAGCAGAGGCCCAAGCAGG